CGUUGCGUCCGGACGAAUUCGUCGUGGAAAAAGUUUCGCGUAUCCCAAUUUUCAGCUUCAGCUUCCCAACUCCCAACAUGGUUCCGUUUAAAUCGAGUCAAUUGUGUAUUUCGGCUCCCUUCUUAACUGAAGCGAGAAUGCUGGUGCUAACCAAACACCAGGAAGAGGAGGAGAUGGCUCAACAACUGAUCCAGUCCUUGAACAGAAUUGCCAAUAAACCCCGCACAGGGGUACUUGGCUUUACGCCGUGGAUAAUCUAUGCCGUCGUUGAGAUGUGCUCUCGAGGGGUUUGGGAGUUGUAUGAGGUGGAGCUGGCUUUGAAGUAUAACAUUGGGCUGGGUCCUGGCGGACUACCGUUGAUCGUUCAAGUUGAUCAGAUGCACUCAAGCCCAAAGCUAGGAGAGAUUGAUGACGACCAGUCCGGGCAGAUCCUUUCCUGUGUGGAUCCAAUAAUUGACCUCGAUGUAUCUUUUGACGAAGAAAAUGCAUCUUCUCCAGUCUCUUCUCCCAUUCCCUUGGAUCAAAUUGAAUCAGAGCCCAGGCCGGAAGAAACGGAUGACGAACAGGCAGUCUUGAUCAUCCCUCAGGAAGAACCCAUAAUUGACCUUACACUUUCUUCUGAUGAAGAAAAUGUGGCUCCAUUGGUCUCGCGUGACCUCAAUAAUAAUAUAAGAAAAAGUUGCAAACGUAAAAUGAACCGAGCGACUCAAAAAUCGUCUGGUACGAAAAGAAUAAGAAGCGACCAAAUUAUCUGUUUGGAUGAUAGUAUAGAGGAAAUUGUAGAAGUUGAGAAAUUACCAUCUGAUAAUGUGAUGCGCCAUAAUUUUGCUUUCCCCGCAAAUGGAAACAUCUUCACUGAACGUCGUAUUGGAGUCUACUGUCCACGCCCUUAUCAACAACGACUGAUGAACGCUAUCGCGAAUCAAAUUGAUAAAACAACGUAUGCGAGUAUCUUCCCGAAAUUUAACCGAAACGGCGCCUCGUUAGACACGAUGUGGUUCCUGGCCGCAAAUUUUUACUCAGCCUCCUGGAUGAUUUCGACCGUGAAGGAAAUCUCGAAGCAGCCAAAUUGGCGUAAUGUUGAUAUACUCGUCGAACCGUGGAACGAAAAUUUCGUAGUUAAAAAUGUCAUUUCAUUGUUGUUGCCCUGGACAUCGAAAGGCGUCGACAAAAGGGUAGCAUUUGAUCGGCUGCGCCAAGCCAAUAGUGCGCAUGGCUCCCGUCGAUGGAAUCUUAUUCGUUGCAAGCGGGUGAGGGGACGUAACAACAUCGUCUUACGUAUGGCCGUAAGCCGAAAAACGUUGGAAUCUCUAAAUCGUACGCAGUUCAACGUAUUCUAUGGAUUAAGUCAGUAUAGAUGUAAGAUCGUACAUGUUGACUAGAAUGUUGCUUAUUGAAUAAACAACUAUACUUCCUUGAUAUAAUACCAAUCUUAAUAAGAGAUAUGUUAAGAAUGUAUUAUGUUUUAUUUUCGAAUGAAAUUUGGAUUUCUCACUUGAAAUACAUUUUCUUUUGUAACUAAUGGAUUAUACCUACUUUUUUUAGCGGAAUCGGUUUGUGACUCAUAUCUUAUUAUUUUGGACAGAACAGCACAAAUUAUAAGAACUGGAAACGACGUAAAGAGAUGAAGAGAUGUAUUAGCUGCGAUCUUGAUCUUUGUCUAUAAUUCUUUUCAUUUUCAUAUUUCCCUAUCUAUGUUCUGUUCUUUUUAAAAAGUGGCUAUCUUGAACUAAGUAAUCAAAUAAAACGAGAUUGCCCCCUUAAAGCCGUGAAGAAAUUACAAAAAAACCUUCACCUUAGAAUAAGAGCAACGCGAACUGUUAAAAAAAAAAGAUAACAAGAUUUUAUUUUUUAAAUUCCAAGUCAGACGCU